AUGGGUGGUGGUGGCCUCGGCGCCAUGGGUGGCGGUGGCCUCGGCGCAAUGGGUGGCGAUGGCCUCGGCGCCAUGGGUGGCGGUGGCCUCGGCGCAAUGGGUGGCGGUGGCCUCGGCGCCAUGGGUGGCAUGGGUGGCUUCGGAGCUACCGUGGGCGGUGCAAUGGGAGGCAUUGCUGGCUUUGGAGCACCCCGCGACGCUAUGGCCACCAUGGGAGGCAUGAGUUUUGCUUCUCUCAUGGGAGGCAUGGGUGCACCUCCGGCCGCCAUGGGUGGAAUGUCUUUCGAUGUGCCUCCUCGCACACAUUCCCAUGAAGAUGCCGUUGAAGAUCUUGCCAACACCGUCAGAACUUCAUGUGAUGCGGUGCGCGAUGAGGAGAGGGAGGAAGAUUCAUCUUCGGAGGCGGAAGAAUCGUCUUCCGAAGAUGAGGACGAGGACGAAGACGAGGACGAGGAAUGA